UGAGCGCACGGACUGUAUUUGAGCGAAGAAGAUGGGAAAGAAAAGGGGCGGAACUCGCCGGUCUUCAGCGGCCGAGCUUUUGGAAACGCCGCCGUUAACGCCUCCCCCAGCCACCGAUUCUCCAAAGUCAGCGAUCUUCAACAGAAAAAGGAACAGCAUUGGAUGCAAAUUUUCUUCACCAGAGAACACCAACAUUGCGAAGAACAAAGUUCCCGCUGGUCUCUUCAAGUCAUCUCCUCGAAAUGCUUCGAGUUUGAGUUCUAUAUCGGAUCUCAAGGAUUUUGCGUCUUCACAACUCCUCGAUCUCAAGCGCCACAUUGAUCAUUAUCACUCUCAAAUCGUUAAAGACCUCGAUUCCUCAAACUCACGCCUCCAGAAGCGAUUUAAGAUUCAAAGUCAAACCUGCCAAAAAAUGAUGGAUGAAGCAGAGAAGGAGUAUAAGAAGAUGGCUCAAAGAAUUCAUGAAAGUCAGGAAGCUAUGAAGGCUUCAUAUGAAGAGUUUUUGGCACAUGAAGAAGAGAGUGCAUCUCGAGCUUGCAAAACAUUCAUAACGGAACUUUCACAGUCGUUUGAGAGAUCAAUUGAUGCUCUUCGUAGCCGUUUCGGGAUCACCUCCACCUAACCUCACUAUCAAUUGAUAGCAGCUUCGUGGGGACUUUGUGAGUACUGAGUCCAUUAAUCUAAUAAAGUACACGAUGUUUAGAACUGCAACCUCACAAAAUUUGAACAGGCACUAAAUGAAAAAUGAAGAUGGUUUCUUUCCUCAUUCCUUUUCUGUUCACCAGUUAAAAUUUACGGUUAUAAAAAUUAACCGAUAUAAAUCUAUGGUCCUGAUAUCUUUGAAAUACUUGUUCAGAAGGAAAUACGUGUCUUAAAAUUAUAUGGUAGCAUUAGCCAAGUGAUUGAACAGUCUUUAAAUCCAAGAAUUCUAUUAAUGCUUGUUACAGUUUUUAGUCAAAUAAAAACUAAUAAUAUUCAUCUUCUCCUAUUAGUGCAACUAACCUCUCUUU